AUGAAUCAAUAUGAGACAGAACGUCGUCUUGGGUGGUGUUAUGGUUUAUUAACAGUCCUACUUGCAAUAUCAGUCAUAUGUAUAGCAGUACCUUACAAUCAUUGGAGAGCUACUCUUGAUGUUUGUCCUGGUAGUUGGCUUGAGAACUUAAGCUGUGGUUGUAUAUUCUAUGGAGUAAGUACAUUCCAGUACUUCAAUGGAGGGCGCAAUUCAUAUUGCCUUUAUUCUAUAUUUGCACCUUUACCAUUAAUUGUGUAUGCUCUGAUAAUGACUCUAUUCCACAUGUAUAGAGUUUGUAUUAACAAUAUUGGGCAAUAUGAAGGAGAGAAAUCAACAACUGUGGAAGAAAUUGAAGGAGAAACGAUAAUAGUUUCAUCCAGAGCUAGGACAUCUCAAAAGGAUGAUGCUGUUAUAUACUGUUGGAUACCAACCUCGUGUAUAGCAGCGGUGUUUGCAAUUUAUAAUAUUAUACAUACAGCUAUCAUGACUGAUGGUUUCUUUAAAACUUGUCUUCAAUACAGAGGAUAUUUAGUAAGGGAACUUCAUGCCACUGGAGAUCAUGCUACUGCAAUACAUUUUCGUUUAACUUGCCAAGCAAUAUUUGACUUCAUGGAUUAUAUUCAAAAAGAUGCACCAAACAGUCGCAGGGGAGAUUUUAUUAACACAGGGAUUGCACUACAAAUUGCCUUACUGACAUCUUGGCUUUCUGUUUUUCUGUGGAUAGUUGUUGUUAUUCACACAGCUAUAAGAGCUUAUAAAGAAAGAAAUGUAUUAACUUGCUGUGGAAAG